AGAAACAGAACACGUCCGUCACUUAAGAACUGAACUGAACUGAACUGAAUUUAACCUAGUACCGGUAACGAAGUCCCAAGUGAAAAAAAGAUGGCGGCUUCUCCAAGUAACGAACUUUCUGAGAAUAAAACCCUAGAUUCUGACACCCAAAAUCCCCAAGCCAAUGGCCACGAUUCAACCGAGGAUCCCCAACCUCUCGACGAAGCAAUCCAGCUGUCCGAUUCCCAAUCAACGGCCUACACCAACCCAGGAGAGAAGCGCAAGCGGGAGGACCAGGACCCGCCCCUCCACCCUUUGUGGAAAACCAGCCUUUGCUCUUAUUUCAGGCGGCAAGAUGGGUCCUGCAGCCAUGGCAGCACGUGCAGGUACGCGCACGGCGAGGAGGAGCUCCGGCCGCGGCCGGAUAACACGUGGGACCCGACUUCGGAGCGGGCGAAGAAGGCGAUGAAGGGGGAGAAUGGAGAGAAGCUCGCGGCGAAGGAAGAGGAGGAGGAUGAGGUUAUGAUGACGGAGAUGGUUAUGGAUGAUGAGGACGGUGAGGGUGGUGAAGAGGGUGGAGACCCUCAAUUGAGUAAAUGCUUGGUGCAUUUGCCAAGGAAGUGGAGUUCGGAUAAUUUGAGGAAGUUUCUUAGUGAACAAGGAAUUCCUUUUAAAUCUGCAAAGAAAAAGAAAGGCAUGGUAGUUGGUUUUGUGAGUUUUGAAAGUGCAGAACAAUUGAAAAGUGCAGUUGAGGAGCUGGAAGGAAAAUCUUUUGGCAACAAGACUUUAAAGGUUGCAAGUGUCAUUCCUCGAUCAUUUGAGAGGAAAGGCAAAUCAGCAAUGGCUGCACCUUUGAGCUACCAACAAGCUUCGGUUAAGGAGAAUGCAGGUGUCUCUAUCAAUACAAAUGGGGUUGAAGAUGGUGCUCCAAAUGGUGAUAGUUCUGCACUUGAUGAUUCAGCCUCAAAGGCGAAAAGUGCCCGUGAUGCAGUCACUCCUCUUGCUCAUGUGCCUUAUGGUGAUCAGUUGGAGCGCAAGAAGAAUUCUGUCAUGCAAAUGCUCAAAAAACUUACUAGAAAUGCACGUAAAGCUUGUCCUAAUGGUGUUUCACUUCCUGAAUGGGUUCUUAAAUCUAGGGAAAGAGGUGGUCUUCCAUGUGAACUAGAAGGUAUAAUUGAAUCACCAGUUGUAAAUGGAUACCGCAACAAGUGUGAGUUUUCUGUUGGAUAUUCUCAGCAGAGCAAACCGACAGUGGGCUUUAUGCUCGGAAAUUUUAGGGAGGGUGUGACAGCAGUGGAAGAACCUGUGGACUGCCCAAAUGUUUCAAAAAUUGCUUGCAAAUAUGCUUUGAUCUUGCAGGAAUUUCUUCAACAUUCAAGCUUACCAAUUUGGAACAGAUUUAAAAAUACAGGAUUCUGGCGUCAGUUAACAGUCCGAGAGGGAAGAUCAGCUGGGAAGGUAGGAGAUGAAAAUCUUGAGGCCAAUAUUUCAGAGGUCAUGCUUAUGGUUCAGGUUUGCUCAGUUGGGUUUGAUGAUGCACAAAUAACCAGUGAGUUUGAGAGGCUGGCUCAAGCAUUUGCCGCAGGUGCUGCUGCAAAUUCUCCUACUCUGCCUCUAACAGCAUUAGUUGUUCAGGAUCAUCAAGGAAUAUCAAACGUGGCACCAGCUGAUGCUCCAUUGCGUUCAAUACCCAUCCCGAAGGCAGAAAGUGGUAUUGAGCUGGAGACAAACGGUAAUGUUGUAGAAGCUAGAAUUCAUGAUUGUAUAAGCAAUCUUCAGUUCUCUAUAUCUCCAACAGCAUUUUUUCAGGUCAAUACCCUUGCUGCAGAGAAAUUAUAUUCACUUGCUGGGGAGUGGGCUGUUUUGGGUCCUGAUACCUUGCUAUUUGAUAUAUGCUGUGGGACUGGAACAAUUGGGCUCACGUUAGCGCAUCGUGUUGGUAUGGUUAUUGGCAUUGAAAUGAAUGCUUCUGCAGUUCAAGAUGCUCAUAAGAAUGCUGAGCUUAAUGGGAUAAAAAAUUGUAGAUUCAUCUGUUCAAAGGCUGAGGAUGUAAUAGGGUCUCUGCUGAAGGAGUACCUAAAUGUGUCUGAGAAAGAAGCUCAACUUUCAAGUGCCUUAGAAAGUAGGGACAGAGAAGUGGUCACCUGUGAAGAGAAAAAUACAUAUAUGACCAAUGCAAAUAAUGCUGGAGAGAGCUCAUGCCAAGAGCCUGAAAAUCAAACUUCAGAAACUGAUGGAAAAGAGCUCCAAAAUGAACUUCAGGAGAGUUCCACUUCAAAAGAUGAAAACUCUUCAGUGCAGCAAUUCAAAAAUGUAGUUGCUAUUGUUGAUCCUCCACGUAUGGGACUUCAUCCCACUGUGAUCAAAGCUUUAAGAACUCAUGCAUGUCUACGCAGGCUUGUGUAUAUUUCCUGCAAUCCUGAAAGCUUAGUGGCAAAUGCCAUUGAGCUCUGCACACCAUCUCCUGAGAAAGUUGAGAAAGGGAAGAAAGACAACAGGGGCUGGAGGAACAUGAGCAGUGCUGGUUUAGCACGGCACCGAGCCAAGUCUAUGCCUAUUUCAGAGCCUUUCCGACCUGUAAAAGCCAUGGCUGUUGAUCUUUUCCCUCAUACUCCACACUGUGAAAUGGUGAUGCUCUUGGAGAGAUAGUAUGCCCUCAUUUCGCUGGCGAUAAUAUAACUUUAUAUCAAGUCAAACAUGAAUAUAGUGCGGAAGAUUAGUGUACCAACAGAAAUUUUGAGAGUAGCUUUCCUAUCUUGUUAACGUUAAUUAAUUUUCGUUAAUUGUUGUAUUUAUAUUUUAAAUUCCAUAAUGAAAAUUCCAAGGUCAGGAUGAACUUCCCCUCCA